CAAUUUUGUCAACAUUAACUUUGCAGAUGAUUUAGAGACUAAAAUCCUUAAUCUGACAACAAAACUGAUGUGAUGUUUCUGUAAAAAGAUAUGCUGUGGAGAAGAGAAUGGUGAAUCAUGCUAAGCUACAGUACUAUAAACAGAACUAUUGUCUUGUUUGUAUGACAGGACUGUUAGGAUGCAGAUGGCACCGUUACAAACAGUCAACACGAGACAGUCGCAAGAGAGAUUUGGUUGUGUUUACACUUGUACUGCUGACAUUCCUGUUUAUAGAUUUUCUACUUUAUUAUGUCCUCAUAGCUAAGAAUGAUGUUUAUAACUUGAACUGGUACAUGUUUUGGGAGUUUAAGAAAUGGAUCUCAAUGCAUACAAUUCUGUUAGCUGUUGUUGUUACUUUGUUUUGUUAUUUAUUUUUGUUAAUGAUUUUAUCGGUGUGCCAUGUGAUUAACGGCCAUCAGCUUUAUACACAUCCUGUCCAUAUAGUGUUUGUUGUGUUGUGUCUAUGUUUUUGUAUAGCAGUUACUGUUGUUUUAGAUGAGUUAUGGAAAACAGAAUGGGCAGUUGUUUGGCUGUCUUUAAAGAUUACUGGUCCAUUCCUUCAGAUUGGAGUAGUUACAAUGAUGACUGCAUUAACAUGGAUCAUAGCCAAACAGUGGCUUACUUUGUCUACGUGUUGUGUGCAAUUUGUUUGGUUGACAGUUUAUUUAAUUGUGAUGUCAGGACUGUACAUAUCACCACUAUUUAUAGAAUCACCUUGUGUCAAGGUUAUUAAAGAUAUACCUCAUAAACCAAAUAUAAUAGGCCAUAGAGGAGCACCAGCUUUAGCUCCAGAAAAUACUCUAAUUUCAUUCCAAACUGCCAUGAACUACAAUGUAUAUGGUAUAGAGACUGAUAUAAGAUUAAGUUAUGAUGGAGUGCCCUUUGUUUUUCAUGAUUCCACAUUCCGUCGUACGACAAACAUUGCUGAUGUCUUUCCUGAUUAUAUUGAUAGUUCUGUAUCAGCAUUUAACAUAUCAGAAAUAAAACAACUCAAUGUUGGGUCAUGGUUCUUAGAGGAGAAUCCUUUUGGAACUGUUGGAGAUUUGUCUGAUAAAGAAAAGAACAUUUACAACAGUCAGAGCAUUCCAACGUUUGAGGAAUUAUUGGUGUUGGUAAACAAGACUGAAUUGAUUUUAAUGAUGGAUAUGUUCGGAACAUCAGAAUGGCAUCCUGAACACAACAGAACUAUGGACAUUUACAUUGAGAUGAUUAGAAACAGUGGUAUUCCAAAAUCAAGGGUAUGGGUAACAGGUAACCACAAAGACUUUAAUGUAACAAGCAUUCCAUUUCCUGAAACCAAUAAUCCUGUACAAUAUGUGAUGAGAGAUAACUUUACACAUGUCAAUUUUGAGCACCAUAUGCUCUCUGGAGAGGAAAUUAAGGAAUUCCAGAAGUAUAACAUUACAACCAAUGUAUUUCAAGUUAGUGCAGUGUGGUUGUACUCCUUGUACUGGUGUAUGGGGUUGUCCUCAGUCACUUCAGAUAAAUGUCAUGUUUUAGAAAGCCUGAAGGAACCUAUCUGGCAUUUACCACCAAGGAAUUAUUUGAUAUUAUGGAUAGCAGUGGAUGUUCUAUCAGCAUUAGCUGUGAUAACAAUAUUUAUAGUUCAAAGAAUUCAUCAUAAUGACGAUGCCAUUAAUCCAGAAAGUGUUUCACUAAACAGCAGAAUAAGAAUUUCGGAAAAUUUCUCCUCUACUAGAAGUAGACGCUCUAUGAAAGAAAAACUUUUAAUGAAAGAUGUAACAGCUGACAUUUUUGAUGACCCAGAAGGAGAGGAUUAUGGGAUUGAAGCUAAUUAUACUGUCCAGUCAUUAGACGGUCAAGCAAUGGCCAGGGAAUUAAGGUCAAACAGACAACAAGAUGACAGAAUUGAAUUAACUUAAAUUUAGGAAUAUAUGUUAUAUUUAUUUAUAUAAUUGAAAUAUUUGUAUUUCACACAUAGAUAUUAUUAUUUUUGGCCUGUAUGAAGCAUUAUUGUUUGUAGGAAUAUAUAUGCUCGUUUAAAAAAACUGUGAUAAAAAAUGAUAUUGAGAAUAGUUUGCUGAAUAUUUUACAUUAUUUUAUUAUUUUAAAGUAAUAUUUUUUUAAUCAAAAUAUGAUGUUUUCUGAAAAAUUGUGAAACACAACUACUAUUGUUACUUCUACUAUUGGGUGUUUAUGGAACAAUAAACCCAUGCAGGUUUGGUACAGUCAGCCCUGGCUUAAGCCUUUUGGGCAUUUAAUAUAAAUUAUUUUUAUCUUUAGGUAUUGAAUGUAAUGUAAGAUGCUGAACUACAAGGAAUUUUUGAGUGAUUCUAUUCUAUUUAAGGGACAUUAACUAUGAGAUAUAAAAAAAAAUCAAAAAAUAAUAUAUUUUUUUGUUUGAUCAUCAAUGAAAGGAAAAAGGUAAAAUAAUAAUUACGCUUUUAACAGCCAGUUAGGUUAAUAAUUACGCUUUUAACAGCCAGUUAGGUUCAAUUUUGUCAAAAAUAAGGUAAGAACAAUGCUGAUGAAUUAUUCACUUCUUAAACCGGUAAAAACGAUGAUUAACUUUUUUGAAUGCCCCACCUACAAUAUCCACCUACCAUUGUAGAGGGGCAUUAAGUUUUCUGGUCUGUGCAUCUGUUCAUUCGUCUAUGUGUCUGUCUGUCUGUCCUGUUUCAGGUUAAAGUUUUUGGUCAAGGUAGCUUUUGAUGAAGUUGAAGUCCAAUCAACUUGACACUUAGUACACAUGUUCCUUAUGAUAUGAUCUUUCUUAUUUUAAUGCCAAAUAAGAGUUUUUACCCCAAUUUCAUACAUUGAACAUAGAAAAUGAUCAUGCGAGUGGGCCAUCGGUGUACUGGAGACAUAUUCUUGUUUUCAAACUAAAACAUGAAUUGAAACAGACACAGAAAAAUCAAAUUGCCCAUGGUCAUUACUUAUAUCUAUUUAUGUUUAUAUCAGGUUAUGUGACCAUACCAGUCUUUAGAGUAUCUUCAGGGUUAAUUAUAUGGUGUCUAGACUAACAUGCACUAAAUAAUGACACAUAAUACAUUGUUAAUUGUUUAUUUCAGACUUAUUGUAAUUUUGAUAUACGUUUUAGUGUGUCAUAAAUCUAAAUAUGAGAAUUUGAGUAAAAUCAGUGAACUAAACAGCUAAUGCCCCUUUAAUUUGACAUGCAUGAAAAAUAUUGUUAUUAUAUGUUUUUUUACUUUUAUUAAAAUAAGUGUCUUUGUGUAUCAUGUGUAUAGCAUUUUUAACUACAGCAGAUGACAUUUUGUUUAUGAAAUGUUAUUGAAUUGCUUAAAAACAACUGCCAUUUCUUAGUUAAUAACAGUUUCGUUGUAUUUGAUCUGUAGUAUGUACUUUUACUUUAUAUUAUCUUAAGUUUUCAUUUAAACCAGAAAUUCUUGAUUACAUCUUCACCUAAAAUAAGUCUAACAAUAGAAUGUUUGAUAUUCAGAUUGGAAGACAUGCAUAUGAUAUUUGUUGUAGAUUUUAGGCAUCCACCAAUCAGUCUUAAUUUUAGCCCACCUGUCCUUAAUAGGGCCAAAAUGUGAACUAACUUUUUUAAUUUAUCAUCCAGUCUUUGUUUGUCUUACGACUUAUUUCUCUCAUUCUUUGGUGGUCACAGGUCAAUUUCCUAGAUUGAUAAUGGUCUUGUCUACCCUUUGUCCAGAAAAAUUGUGUUUCAACCUUUUAUAUCCAGUCAUUCCAUAUUUUAAGAGAACUUGUUGAUGGUUUAUGAAUGUCUUAGGGUUAGACAAGAGAUUUUAUUCCAAGAACUAUUUUAUGGUGCCUUAUCACAAGAUAUUUUUCAUCAAUAGAUUUUAACAGAGCAACAUGACAGGUGUCAAGGAGGGAUCACCUCUCAUAAGGAAGGGGUAUACUGUUUUACCUCUGUCUUUAACACAUUACUGUUUUCUCAUCAAAUACAACUUCUUGGUAUGGAAACCUACUUCAUUUGGUUAUGCCAUACUUUAUCACCUGUUUACACUUCUUUUAAUAUUCUAUACAAUGGAAAUAAAAUCAAUUAUCUGAUUCUGUUUUCAUUUUUGGGUAAAAACAAUGAAAUUACCCAUAGUCAUUUUGAUCCAAAACAGUGUUUUAUUAUAUACUGCUUGUCUGCCAAGUAUGUUGAAUUCAGGAACCAGAGUUAAGACUUGGUGUCAUAUUGUUUUGGAAAAGGUUAUAUCCAUGUCCUGUAAUUUAUUGAUUAUAUAUACUCAGAUAUCUAAUUUACAAAUAUUUAUUUUGCCUAAUUAAAUGCAGUGCUUUAUGCUUACUUUACAAAGAAAUCUUUAACUUUCAAUGCUAACCAUCACUAUCAUUAAAAAAAAUAUAUAAAUUUUCUUAAAUUUCUACCAGUUUUUGUUAUUAAGUAAGGUUUUCCAAGGGUCAUCAUUCUGAUUACAUUCCAGAAAUUUCUAAUUUUGUUUUCAAUUACUCAGUUUUGCUUAUUGAUUUUAUUUACUAAAUUUUUACUUGUUAUCCGACUUGAAAAAGUAUCAGUAAGCCAUUCCUAUCCAGAAACUAUCAUAUAAAAGAGAUGGCACAAAUUUUAGUCACUUGAGGAAAACUGCAUUCUGUUUAAUGUUUAUAGUCUUUAAAUAAUGUCAGAAGGAGGAAUGACAAAAUGUUCUUAUUUCAUUACUUUCAUUCUAAUGUGUAAUGAAUGUAAAAAAAAAAUCAAUGAUUAUUUAGAUAUUGUUUUCAAAUAGGAAAAUAUUACAAUGUUCUUACUGUAAAAAUACACAAAGAAAUAAGAAAAUAAACUGUAGAGUCUAGAAUGUAAGACAAUUUGAAAUUUAAAAACCCAGAUAUUUACAAUAUGUUUUGUAUGGCUAAUUUGUACUGAAUAAGUACCAGUUACUGUCAGAAAUUCUAAAUUUUCUUGAAUUCUUUUAACAGGAUUACAAAAAUUUAAGUUAGCACUAUAGGAAAGGAUGUAGCAUUCCCUGUAAACAAUAGAAAAAGGUUGAUUUUAAGAGGAUUUUUUAUCCUUGAAAUUUAUUAAAAUUCAAUGCAAUCAUCAAAUCAUUCUAGUGUCCUUAUGAUUGAAACGACGUGUUGUGCAGUUCUCGUGUUUGAAGUAUACUAUAGUAUAUCAUAGUUUUGAAGUGCAUAUUAACUUAUGUAUGCAUGUAUCUAAAUAUAAGUUUGCUGUUUAAAGGAUAAUAUAUUGUUAUGGUGAUAUAUCUUUGAUAAUUAUUUGUAGGGUUGUUACAGAUAUUGUUUUGCACAUUUUUUAUGAACACUAUUUAAUUACCUAUUGCCAUAUCUGUCAUACUGAUGUACAUGUAUCAUGUGCUUAUAUAUUUUUUGUAGCUAAUAAAUACAAGAGAACUUAA